CGCACCCCAUGGAGCGACUGUAGACAGGCGGAUCCCGGUAAUGGCGUCCCCAACCGUAACUCGACCACCUCCAUAGCCACCCACCAUCGAGUCACCCGCAAAAACGAAUGAGUCUACUGCUAUCUUGGAGCUAACUAAAACAUUGGUUAGUCUAAUCCAAGAAAGCAAGAAGGAACAGCGGGAGCACAACGCCUGAAUAGAAGCUAUGAUGCGAAAUAUGCGCCCCAUUGCGGUGCGAGUACCAAUGCAGGGAGGCAUGGCUACUGCACAAGUGGCAGCGGGGCCAGCCGGAACAGCGACAAAUGCCUGCUUUACAUGUCAUCAAUCGGGACACUUGGCCCAAGAUUGCCCCCAUCGUGCCAUGCAGCCUCGAGCCGCGAUCGCGCCUGCAGCUGCAGCUCCCAUAGCUAACGGCCCAGGACGAGUAGGAGCCAUGAUGGAUGAUCAGGGGGGAAGUACGGGAAUGAUGAUUUCCAGUGAGGAAGCAGCUGAGCUUAUCCCACUGGAGCAGUACGUAUCACUAGGAUACCCGGGGCUGGGAAUGAUUGGGACGAUCCGACCAGAACUCGAGUCCAGAGAUGUCGCCGAAUGGCGGCCCUCGUCGAGCGAAAUGGAGACGGGAGGCCUUACCUUUGUUACAGGAGAAGUCAAAGUCCUUGACGUUACCCGAGCACUGGAUCAUCGAAUCCCUCUCCCAAUCGGCCACCCACUCUCCAUCUCGGAACAGGCGAACGAACGGAUGAUGCAGCAUUGCAAAGCGAACCGGAAGCGAUUCGCCCUUGCAUGCGCAAAAGAUCAGAAGGCGAAGGCGCCGCCUCCGGAGGAAAAGUCGGACGUCACCCCUGAUCCCAUCCGAGUCGGAUUAAUACAGAAAGAUGACCACUUUCUUUGGAUCAAGCCGAUUCCGUGGAAAUCGGCCGAAUGUGAUAUUGAAGUCUGGGGAGUGCCGUAUAGUGCGAUCAUAGAUUCGGGAGCGGCGGUCCUGGCGAUAUCACUCCGAGUAGUCGAGAGAGCGGGUAGGAAGAAUUAUUUGAUCAUGCUAACCGAGAAGGACCAGCUCGUAUCGGCUGACGAAGAGAAGAUCAAGACAGAAGGACGUAUGACGAAUGUCGCGUUCCGAUUAGGAAAAGCGCAUGCGUUAGGAGAUGUUGUGGUGCUGGAUGUGAAUACAUAUGACGUUCUGUUCGGGCUUCCUGCAUUGGUGGCGCUGCGUGCUAAUUUGGACUUUGAACGCCGAUCCGUCAUUCUCCGGAAUACCGGGGGAAAGCCGUAUUCCGAUCUUCAUUCCCGCCUCUCCUUCUGCAUAGAUCCUCUAGUUGUCCCCCUCAUCGAUCCCUCUCAGUGGGACGCGUGGCGCGGAGACUUCAUCGAACUCUCACUGUGUUUGGCGGAAGUACGGGUGACGUGGACGAGGGACGAGAGCAAUUAUCCGCGGUCUGAGCGAUUGGAGAUCCUUUUGAUUCAGGCGUGGCGGACGGAAGUAGAAGGGGACCUUCUCGGUUUUCUAUUCGGGGCAGUGCGUCCAGGCUGUCGGAGGCUUCUCACCCAGGAGCUUACGGUCCCAAUUGCGCAGCUGGCCGACCAUCUUGACGUCAGCAUUGUCUCUCAGGUCGACCCGCGCUUGGUGCCCCACGUCACCUCGCGCACGCUGUCGCCAUAUCUUCAGUGGUCAGCUUGCGUGGAGGGCUUCCCAUCAAGGAUUCCGCCUUCACGGCUGGAUUAUUUGGAUAUGCGCGACAUCAUGGAUCCCGCUCUCUAUAGACCGCCGUACGAGGACGAAUUGGAGGAGAUAAUCCGCGAGGAGCUCGCGGAAAAACGUUCCGAGGAAGAGGAGGAGAAUCUGAACGAAGACGAAGGGGAGCCGACACAGCAACAAGAAGGAGACGAAGACGAGCUCCUGCAAACGGAGAGUGAAGAGGAAGCAGAAGAAGAAGAUAGCGAGCAGCGGAGUGGCGAUGACAACGACGAGAAGUAGGCCAACGAGGAUCCCCAACUAGAAAUUGCGCCGGUGGCUGAUUUUCCGAUCAGCAACGAUC